AUGUUUAUCUUUCCAGUUUUCAAUUACAACCCUCGAUUUCACAACGUGUUGAGAGUUAGUCACGCCGAGUACCAAGCGUGCAACGCGUCUUCGCCAAUGUCGACUCACACGACCGGAAACGACUCGAUCAUGAUCGACACUCACGGCCACCAUUUCUUCAUGUGUGGCGUGCCAACACACUGCCAGGCCGGACAAAAGGUCGACAUCAAUGUUCCCCGGCCGCCCUCCGUGGGGCCCGCCCAGUCGGCGAGCUCAUCACCCCCUCCAGUUGUUAACUCUCCAGUUCCUAUAGAUACAGUGCAGGCUCCAUCUCCAAGUGCUGCUGCUACUCCCAUAAUGCAGGCUUUUGCUAUUAAUUUUGUGGGUUUUUGGGUGUUUUUGGCUUAA